CCCCAUGCUGUGGGCGGUGCAUGUGGGAUUGACAGAUCAGCCAGUCAAUGGGGUGAUGUCUCGCUCUGUGGAGAAGAUGAUCUACCAUGCCAACUACCAACCCAAGGGCUUAAACUACGACAUUGCGCUAUUGAAGCUUACAGAGCCUCUUACCUUUAAUGGUCUGGUUGAGCCUAUCUGCCUGCCGAACUAUGGGGAGAGAUUUGAGGAGGGGAAGAUGUGCUGGAUCUCUGGGUGGGGUGCCACAGUGGAUGGAGGUGAGUGGGGUCAAAUUCAACACCUGAAUAGAUGUGCAAGCACUCACGCAUACACCACAUUCAUGCAUUCAUGCAGGCACGCACGCACACUCUGUGAUACACCUUUCCUGCCCUUCCUCGUGUGUGUGAGUGUGUCUUUCCAGGGGAGACCAGUGUGUCCAUGCACUCUGCCCAGGUCCCUGUGCUCUCCAGCAGGGACUGCAGUGGACCAGUGUACCAGGGUGCCAUCUCCCCUUGGAUUGUCUGUGCAGGCUACCUAGAGGGGGGCAAAGACUCUUGCCAGGGGGAUAGCGGAGGCCCUCUGGCCUGUGAGGACUCGUCAGUGUGGAAGCUGGCGGGGGCCACUAGCUGGGGCUACGGCUGUGCUGAGAGGAACAAGCCGGCCGCUUACACUCUCAUCCCCCACGCUCUGACCUGGAUCCACCAGCAGAUGGAGAAAGAAGAGGCACUGAGCCCUUGAUCCCCAAAGGAUACAGUAGCUGACAUACUUAGAGGACUUUACUCAGACACUAUUUAUUUGUUCUUAAGCACCACAAUGAAUGGACACAAUCGGAGGAUGAGCAAUAGCUCUAUUUUAAAGUGAGAGAAACAAGAUGGAGGGAAAUGGUGGAUGAUAAAUGGAGGACUGGGGAGAUGAACUAGGGCCAGGACUCAAACGGGCAGCGGAAGAUCCCCGUUGUAGCAAGGUUGACAUUAAAAGGUCAUUUCUGAUUGAUCCGACAUCUGCAGCGUUUACUUUGAAUGCAAUCUCCACGACCGUGGUAACAUCGCCUGUAAGUGGUGCAUUGCCAAAAAGGGUGAUCAGAUUGAAUCCUGGCCUAAACUUGGUCUCAGAAUGUCGACAUCUCCAUUGUGAGCUCCUUUAAUCUCUACACACCAAACUGUGCAUCUAGACAAAGGGAAUAGUUGUAACAUGUAUUGUGUAUAGUAUACGUUGUAUAUCAUUAUAUAGCAGAUGUGUUUUUAGAGAAAUAUGGUACGGAGGA